UGUGACUUUUUCCUCACACCAGUCAUCAUCUAAUCAGAACAACACACCUCAAACAAACCCCCUUACUAAAAGAACAUGGCAAAGGGAGCCAAAGCCCCCAAGGGCAAGAAGAUCACCCUCAAUGUGGCCAGGAACUGCAUCAAAGUCACGUUCGAUGGGAGAAAACGCCUUGAUUUGAGCAAGAUGGGGAUCACCACCUUCCCGAAAUGUAUUCUGCGACUCACUGAUGUGGACGAGCUCGACCUCAGCCGGAACAUGAUCAGGAAGAUCCCUGACUCCAUCUCCAAGUUCCAGAACCUUCGCUGGCUUGAUCUGCACAGCAACUACAUUGAUAAGCUGCCCGAGUCCAUUGGCGAGAUGACCAGCCUGCUCUUCCUCAAUGUCAGCAACAAUAGGCUGACAACCAAUGGGCUGCCUGUGGAACUAAACCAGCUCAAGAACAUUCGCACUGUGAAUUUGGGCUUGAACCAUCUGGACAGCGUCCCCACCACGCUGGGUGCCCUGAAGGAGCUGCAUGAAGUGGGGCUCCAUGACAACCUGCUCAGUAGCAUCCCCGCCAGCAUCGCCAAGCUCCCCAAGUUAAAAAAGCUCAACAUGAAGCGAAACCCCUUUCCAAAGCCAACUGAAUCAGAAGCCUUCAUAGAUUCUAUCAAAAGGCUGGACAACCUGUAUCUGGUAGAGGAGAAGGAUAUGUGUUCAUCCUGUCUGAAAAAAUGCCAAUAUACCCGGGAUAAGCUGAAUAAGAUCAAGAGCACAGCUACAGCAGCACCGAAAAAGGCCAUCUUUACCAAUCUGGUGUCUCCCAACUCCAUGGCCAAGGAAUCCCAGGAAGAGUGGAGGUGA